GUAGCCUACAGUCGAGCGAAGCCGUUGAUAAACUCACCCAGCACUCCGCGCCUGCGAGACGAGCCCCGGGAAAUAGCCCACCGACUGAUCUGGUCUCGCGGCUCGGUACGAGGAAACUCGUGGUCCGUCGGCUUAAAUCUUGCAGAGCCGCGUGUAAUAUGGCGUUCUUCUUCAGAGGAGCCAUCACUAGCUCUCCAGUAAAGAGCAGAGCCACACAAGAGGAUGAAUCAUGCCACAGCCUGGGCGUGUCCUUCCUCUCAGACUCCUCCUACGAAUGCUUCUCAACCAAUCCGCUGACAGGAUCUGUGUGUCAGUGUCGCCGUAGUCCCCGUCUCCUAGGCAACGGUUACUACGUGCUGACAGAGGACAGUUUUGCCGUUGAUGACCAGGGAAACGUCACCCUCACACCCUCCAAGACCAACGUGUCCUAUAAAGAAAACCUCGUCCGUAUAUUCCGUCGCAGGCGGCGGGUGAGAAAGUCAUUGGCAAGUCUUCUCAGUGACGUCAGCCAAUCGUGUCAGUCGUGGCUAGGAGGGGGCGUGUUUGGCUGGACAGACUCCGCCCUCCAGGAAGAGCCGUCCACUGAGGAGUGUAGCCACACACCCCUCCGAGAUGGCCACACCUCCUGUGUGUGCAGCCACACCCCCUUUGACCAUGGUCACUCCUCCACAUACGUCCGCACCCCCCUCAGAAGAGGCCACACCCCCAUCCGGCUAAGCCACACCCCAGACAGGGAGUUCCCACACAGCUUCACUUACGAUCCAACAGAGAAUGUGUGUCCACCUGAUAAGUCGAAGAUUUCUCAGGAGGAGGAGUUUACUGAGGAACAGUGUCUGUCACAAGAGCAAUUUGGCCAAUCAGUGGGUGGAUUAUUGGAAGUCCUGCCUCCCACAACCUUCAUCCAUGACAGAAGCCCCACCCCUGUGGACACACCCCCAGGCUCUCCGCUGGUGAAAGCCUUCAUCCUCCUCCUCCUCCUCAUGUUGUGUGUUUGCACAGCUAUCUUCUCCAGAUGGUUGUUGGGAGGUGUUGUCGUGACGAUAACCUUUCUCCUGGUGUCGUCAUUGCGUAAAGAUGUUAGGUGGAGGUGUGCAAAGACAGAGGACAUCACCUCCAGGAAUGAAUAAAAGCACACACACACCUAUCCAGAUCAUAUACACACACACACACGUCCAGAUAUAUCAUAUACACACACCUGUCCAGAUAUAUCAUACAUACACACACACACACACACACACACACACCCCUCCAGAUGUUUACACACACACAUCUGGAUGCAUAAUGUACUCUCCCUUUCUCCCGUAUAACCAAUGUGAAACCAGCUUUGAGGGUAGUGCUUCUGUAGAGCAGGAUGCUAUUGAGGGUUGUUCCUGUGUGUGUGUGUGUGUGUGUGCGUGCGUGUGCGUGCGUGCGUGUGGGCAUGUGCACAUGUGUAUGUUUAUGAGUGUAUUCAUGUUCAGAGCGCUUUGCUCUCUACCAGACACACGUCUCACUGCCUGGCACAGAGGAACAUGACCAAGGCCGAGGCCAGGAAGAGAAAUUGGCACAUAACUUUAUAACAUGCCUUAUCAGCAUAAGACUUUAUGGGGCCUCAUGCUAACGUUAAUGGCUAACGCUAAUGGCUACCACAUUGGCUAAUGCUGACGUUAAUGGCUAAUGCUAAUGGAUAACACGUUGGCUAAUGCUAACAGUUAACUUGUGUCAAAUUCAGCCUCGCAUCGCGCUGGGCUGCUGUAUGCUCAGUGUGUGGACAAAAAGAGAGAGACAGCCAAUCAGCUGAAGGGAGCUGGUCCUCAUCUGGCCCAGCAUGCAUUGGGAUAUGAGUGCGACAGCUCGGUGUGACGUGGCGUGCGGUGUCGUGAGGCACUCUGGGAGUUAGCAGCUAGUGGUUAGCGGUCCCGAGGGGACUAAGAUGAUCGCUACCUGCACCUCUUCUCUCCUCACCAAAUAUUACAGGAGUUUUGAGACUGAGGAACCAUGUAGUAUUUUAAUCAGAAGAUGUUUCUAAAUGUUUUAAUCAGAAGAAGUUUCUAAAUGUUUUAAUCAAAAGAAUCUUUUUUGUGUUUUUAUCAGAGGACUUGCUAAUGCUCUAUUUACCUGGACUGCUUUAGACUAACGCUAUGCUAGGCUAAACAUUUCUGAGGAAGUGUUCUAAAAGUGCCAUAAUAACGCUUUAAAUUCUCUUGAAUUAUAUGAAGUGCCUUCGUAUAACACACACACACUUGGGAAGUGUGUGGUGUGUGUUUUAGCACAGGGCUAAAAUAUUUGCCAAUUUGAGAAGAGCUAUAAGGACUUAACAGGGAUGAUGUCACUGUGACAUCAGUAGCAUAUGUCAUUAAGCUCCAUAGAGUGAAGAAGGAAGCCAGAAGCGUGUAGUGUUUAACAUUAGCAUUUUAACACUUCUUGAUUCAUAAGAAAAAAUCUCUAUAAGAUGAUGAAUGGGCUUUUUGCAAAUCUGCCGUAGAACACCUAGGGAUUACGUUUGGUGAGUAAAGCAAAAAUUAGGCGGACUACAGCUUAUCACCUGCCUGGUGCAGCAAGUGGGACCGUAGAGUGGUAUCCAUGGUUACAGUAGAAUUUACCUCUCCCCUCGACUUCUCAUGUAACUUUACAUCACAGCCAUAGUGCCUAAAACAGCUGAUUUAUACCAGAGGAUUAAAGCGGAGCUAGGAAUCAAGGACCUUUGUUUAUAUUAUCCAACAGCUUGUGGAUACCAAACCAUCCUGUAAUCGACAUGUUGACUUAAGCUAACUGUAAAUCAGGUAAAUCAGGUCUCUAGGCCAAGUAUACAGGCGUAUACAAGGAAUUUGGUCUCUGCAUCUAUCCCAUCCGUGAUUUAGUGAACACACAGAGCACACAGUGAGGUGAAGCACAACAGUCAUAUUGUAACGGGUCUAAGGUCCACAUGGAGACAUCAAACACGCUGAUUUUAUUGGUAUUACUUUUAUGAUUUCUCGAAACUCCACUCAUUUUCUCAUAGGGAUUUUUUCUUACAAACGAACGUGCAAAAAUGCUAAUCGGACGCAUACAAAAUGACUUCACACUCAAUCAUAUCAAUAUGGGAUGUUAUAAUGGCAUAAUUAGCACGUUAAUAAAGACUUAAAGAUCACAGGUAAAUAAUGUCGCAUGAAGCCUCAUAGAAGGGUCAUCAGGCAUUUCUCUGAUUGGUUGUGGGCGUUAGCAAGCAGGAAGGGUAAAUAAAAAGUGUUAUUGUGAGGGAAGAGAUUAGUCAGUAGAGAGAAUAAUUAUAGUGGUAAUUAUCCAUGUGCAGGGGCGGACUGGGACCAAAAAUCGGCCCUGGCAUAUUUGGCCCAAGCGGCCCUCAAAUUGGUCGGGCCCACCUAAUUAAAUACAGAAUCUUUGCAUUACCCUUGAAUAUGUAUAUUUUCAACUGUCAUGGAGCACUGAAAGUGAUGUAGGCCUUAUUGGUUAUCACUCUGACUGAUCAGAGGUAGCCAUGGAGCACAUGAUCUCCAUAUUCAAGUAGGCUAACAAGCAAUUAUCAAAGAAGAAUUUCUGCUUGAAUUCAAAGUAUCAUUUCAUAUUAUUCAAUAGGCUACAUUUAAGCUAUACAAUGCUUAAUUAAAAGCAGCACCAAAUGUGCAGCCUAUGUGUAAAGAGUUAAAUUACCCAGAUUGUUGUAGACAUUAAUGUAAUUUAUACCAGUUAUCACUGUAGGACAACUGAAACACCACAAAAUAAACAGG